GCGCUGAGGAUGACAUGAGGGAGCCAACCUGGGAGUGUCCGGAGGUCCAAGCCCUCUUUCUUCUCCUUCUCUCCUCCUCUCUUUCUGCCCAUUACCUCUGUGUGUGACGGUCAUGACUUAGGGUUGGUGUGAGCCCCCCCCCCCCCCCCCCUCCCUUCCUUGGAGCACCGAGUCUUGGAGACAGUGCUUCACUCGCCUUGCUUACAUGAGCCAGCAGGAUGCGGCUGCGGUCCUUGCACUCUCCGAGCGCCUCCUUGUAGCCUCGCACAAGGGCCAGGCUGACAAUGUGGUCCAGCUCAUCAACAAGGGCGCCAAAGUAGCAGUCACCAAGGUACGUGGAUUGGAGGAGGUUGUCUUCUUGUGUGUUCAUAACACUUUUGUCUUUUCAAUGUGUUUAUUAUACUAAGUAGUGGUGGUCACCCAGGCUGGGCCACCAGGCUUUUUUCUGUCAAACAUGUAUUGUGUACCAUAGGAGGAUGGUGGCACCUUAAUUGGGAAGGACGGGCUCGUGGUAAUGGCUGGAGUGAAAUAAUUGGAAUGGUAUCAAAUACAUUAAACACAUGGUUAGAUGCCAUUCCAUUUGCUCCGUUCCAGCCAUUAUUAGGAGCCAUACUGCCAUCAGCAACCUCCACUGCUGUGUACUGUUUCUGUGUGUAGCCAAUAUGGGUGGGUUUGUGUGGGUACUGUGUCUGACCCAACUGCAGCCUCAUUGGGCCACCAGGGCAAUGACAGUGGGGCUGAUUUAUGUGUGUAGUGUGGCACAUCAUUCAUGCUAUGAUUAGAUCCCCUCUACAGCCCAAUUUCUAAAGAUUAGUGGGACUGGAGCAGUAUAUGAAUCUAUUAUAAUCCUCAAUCUUUCAUGGAUACUAGUACUAUCUAUAAAACUACCCUGUUUCAUCACAGUAAGUUACAGUAGCUGUAUUUUACAGGAAGGGGAAUGUGUUGGUUACAAAUUAACACGGCCACAAGGGACUCUCUCUAAAGCUGAUUUUAACCGUGUGUGUGUUACUUGUGUGAAGGAGCUUUGUCAUCGCUCCAUCUGGCUGUCCGCGAGCACAGCUGUGGGAGCACAGAUCUGGGUAAACACGCUGACACACGCAACACAGUUUAAACCUCUCUUUGAGGUCACACCACACAAUGCUGGGAGAGAAGAUUUCUUAUACAUGCCAUGUAGCCCCAAGCCUCUGCACUGACAGGAGCUGUGGAGGAAUACAGUACAAAUGCAAGAGAUUGACACAUUUAAUAUAUGCUGAUGUAAUACUGUAUGUUCAGCUUGAAUCAACAGUGUUACCACAAUAUGACAAUAAUGUAUUGUCAUCAUUGCAUGCCAUGGCUUUACAGAAUGUUGUAUUGUAUCUCCCAAAGACAGUGAACUUAGGUGCGUGCUGCAGUGUUUACAUUAAAUCCAUCUGUGAGUUUGGGUGUUUGCUGAGAGAGUCACAGCCAGACGUGCUUGAUUGAAGUAAUGUGCGGCAGUAGCAAUCCUGUCUGUCUGUGAAGUGAAUAACCUGUCUUUGUGUCUCUGUCAGAGCAGCUCUGGUAAUUAAGACAGACCUGAGGUGUUGAGACAAUAUGUAGGUCUUCCUCAAAUCUUCACAGUCUUUCUCUUUAUAGACCACAAUGUGAUACUGGCCGAUAAGACAGCCAGGCAGAGGCCUUUUUUUCCUGAGCCUCAUAAAUGUACUUCCUCAAUAACACAUCUCUGGGCAGAAGCUUUCUUUCUGCUUUCUGUGAUGUUCAUGUUAAAUGCUGUGUGCCCCUUUAAGAGCGCACAAGAGUUAUGGGCUAAGGGAAACUUUAAAUCCUCUUUAAUUUGUCAAGAAUGCUGCAUUUUUUAUUGUUUCAGGAAACAAACUGCAAUUCUUACACUUACAGCUGAAUAUGAGUGAAAUAUGAAUACAUGACUGACUGAAUAUAUUAAUGUUGUCAGUUAUCUAUCCUACAUGGCUGUAUCUGAUAGGCCUACCUGUCUCUGAUAAUGUUACAUCUAGCUGUAUUUUCAAGUUUUUGGCUGGGUUCCCUAGUAACAAAAAAAACAAGAAACAUGAGGUUUACAUUUCAGUUGGAAAUUCCUCUGCUUCAGGGGAAGAGGAGGGGAGGGGAGGAGGGUAUCGUAGUGGGGAGUGUGAGGGAAAGUGUCAAGUUUUGGAUGGAUGUUUUAGUUCUGAGGAAGAGAAACUCUUUUGAGAAUGAGAAAGAUGGAGAGAAUAAGAAAGAGAGGAGUUAGAAUAUAACCAGUCGUGAGUUCUCUAAGGUCAUACCAGGCCACGGAGCAGAGAGCAGGCCCUAUCCAUUCACAGUCUCCUGGGUCCUGACUGUGUUUUCCUGGCCCAGUGAAACUCAACCCCUGCCUGGCCAUAGUGAAUACCAGGCAGUGCCAAGCCGCACCCAUGUAGCAGGCCACACUCGCCUGCGGUCUCUCCCCAUUUAAUGGAGGGCUGUGAGGAUUAGGUGUUAAUAAGGGUUUUUCUCUUUUUUUUAUACCUUUAUUUAACUAGGCAAGUCAGUUAAGAACAAAUUCUUAUUUACAAUGACGGCCUACACCGGCCAUUCCCGGACGACGCUGGGCCAAUUGUGCACCGCCCUAUGGCACUCCCAAUCACAGCCAGUUGUGAUACAGCCUGGAAUCGAACCAGGGGGUCUGUAGUGACGCCUCAAGCACUGAGAUGCAGUGCCUUAGACUGCUGUGCCACUCAGGAGCCCUUUACAUUUCUAACCUUAUCUAAUCCAAUACAGCACAUGAUCGUAAUGUCGGGUAGUAUCACUGAUUUAGUCUGGCAAACAAUCCAUUAUUACCAUAUAAAGAUAAACCUCCCAAAACUAUAAAUACACAUUUGCUCCAUAGCAGGCUGCAGGUCCAUAAGUCUGGGCCUAAGAGCCGGAGGAUGUGGGGUCAUAUCCAUAACCAGCUAUAGAAGUUCCCUUCCAUUCUAGCUCGUUUAAACCGGAUGUGGAUUAAACAUUUGUUUGUUUACUGGCGACUCAUUAUUCAAAUGGGUGGUGUGGCCAUGACAGACAGAUUGCGUGUGGCUUACUGCUGUGCCAUGAUGAUAGCACCAUGUGUUACUGGGUAGGCUGACCUGUAGACACAUUGUCACUCUCUCUCUGUGGCUGUGUCUGACAUACAGUCUGGUUGGCUUCACUUGGUUUCUCUCUCUUCAGUUGAUGGUCUCUCUUCAAUUGCUGUGCCCCUCUCUUCUGUGUGUGAGAGUGUGUGUUCUGUGUCCACAGUACGGCAGAAGUCCCCUGCAUCUGGCCUCCUAUAAGGGCCACACCGAGGUUGUGCGCAUUCUCCUGAAGGCCGGCUGCGAUCUGGAUAUCCAGGACGAUGUAAGUACCCAGAGACUGUCUGUUUGUAUACGGCCUUUAAUUUGCUCUGCCCUCUUUCCAUGUUUCCAGCUAGCACUGCAGUCAUGAUUGUGAUGAUGAAUUUGUGUGUGGACCAUUGCUUUGUUUUCUCUGGCAUUGCAUUAGUGUCGCUCAUAAUCUUCCCAAAUGAACAUCACACCCAUUUUACACGAUGUAAUAUUUGUACAAUAUCAGAAUAUUUAACAUAGACCUUUAAAUGUGAACUAGGUCACUUUUGAAGCACACAAACAUAACAUUUGCAUGAAGAUCCUGAGUCUGGCUGCUGGUGUGUUUGAUUGCAGUGUAGUUUCUCCUGCGUGUGGACACCCUUUCCAUUUCUCUAAGACUGUCACACUAGUAGUGUAAUGACCUCCAGUGGCCUAGAGUGGGAUUAUUUGGACUGCCAUCUUGAGGGAUGCAGCAGACCUCCACGGGUCUCGCUCUCUGGGUGCAGGUCAACCCUCCUCCCCCUCCCCAGUCCCACACCCACAGAUAACGGCCCAAAGCUCUGGCGCUCCCAAAUUCUCUCCAUCUGGUCAAUGAGCUCCCGAUCCCGAACGGGCCACAGUGCGUCCUCGGCCACCAAUUGCCACAAGGAGAAGGGGGAGGAGGGGAGAGAGAAACUGCAGUGGAGGAAGGCUACUGGAACUGGGCCUGGGAGAGAGCCAGGAAGAUCAGGGAGAGUGAAGAAGGAGGUUAGAGAAAAGCUACUCUGAGCCAGUGGAAAAUAAUCACUCUCCCAAUCCACUACUACUGCACGUCCUCUGGUGUUGGGCACGCCUUUUAGUUAUCUCACUUGGAAUGACCAAACCACAACCCCACCUCCUCCACUCAAAGGAAUCACUGCUUCUUCUUGCUCUUCUUUUUUCCACCCUUCUCAUGACAUGUCAAACCUGGUCUACAAAACGUCACUCUGUUGAGCUGCAGUUAGGAUGGUUCUCCAUGUUUGUAGGAAUUCCAUUUAUGGUAGAACAUAAAUGAGCUGGGCUGAACUGAGUGCUUUUGCCUGCUGCUGCUGUGUGCUCUAUUCACUGCUUUGUAUGGAGGAUAACCACUGUAGUAGACUGGAUAGUAUGGAGGCCUAUCUGGUGUCAAACUGCAGUGUUGGAUGAUUGUUGUAACAUCAUUGUAAUUUCUUGUGUUAAUAAUAACCUGAAACAUAGUACUUGAGAAAGUCAGUUUGUCAACUGCAAUGGAAUGGAAAGUCAUUAACCAGUGAAUGUGGUAUUUGUAUUCAUCAUUGUCCUGUGAACCUCAGUAAUUGUUGUGAAAACCCCUGACUGAUCAGUGUGUGUGUGUGUGCAGGGUGAGCAGACAGCCUUACACCGGGCAGCCGUGGUGGGAAACAGUGAUGUUAUCUCUGCCCUCAUCCAGGAAGGGUGUGCUCUGGACAGACAGGACAAGGUACAUAUCACACACACACGCACGCACACACACAGCACUCACACACACACAGCAGCGAUCACACAGGGCUAAAAGCACAGCCCCAAUGCACUCACAGGCAUAGAGUGAUUUUAAACCCUCCCAGAAUUGUCAGACAGCACUAAAACGAUUUGACAAUCUGUAGAGAAAACACUGCGCCUGUAAUCUGCUUAACCCCCAUUCAUUCCCAGCGAAGAAAUAGGAAGCGUCCAAAAUGGCACCCUAUUCCCUAUAUAGUGGUCAAAAGUAGUGCACUAAAUAGGGAACAGGGUGCCAUUUGGGAUGGAUCCACAGCCCAUGGAAGUCCAUGUGAAUAGAAAGUGUGUUUAUGGCUAGGCCUAGACACGCAACCUCUUAUGUUCCUCACUAAUAUCCUACUUAUCUUGCUAUGUUAGCUAUUUUGACUUUAAGAGAAACAAAAACACUGUUGUCCAGUAUGAUAGUUACCAAUCCAGAGGUCAGGUUGUGGAUGUGUGAAGCUCUUGAGUGUGUGUUUGGUAUUACAGGACGGUAACACUGCUCUGCAUGAGGUCUCGUGGCACGGCUUCAGCCAGUCUGUCAAACUGCUGGUCAAGGCCGGAGCCAACGUUCACUCAAAAAACAAGGUAAUUCUUCUGCAAAUACUGUAGAUGUGAUUGUUAUAAUAAUAAUAAUAAUAAUAAUAUGCCAUUUAGCAGACGCUUUUAUCCAAAGCGACUUACAGUCAUGUGUGCAUAAAUGUUUGUGUAUGGGUGGUCCCGGGGAUCGAACCCACUACCCUGGCGUUACAAGCGCCGUGCUCUACCAGCUGUUCACAGUUAUAAAACAGCUGUGGUUCCAAAAGGUCCUGUGCUGUGACUGCAGACGACUGGAGAGCUUUUAGUGGUGUUGAGUGGUGACCUGGGUGGUGUUCAGUAGGGCACACCAUAGCAGAGAUAUAGAGCUGCAAACGGAAACCUGUGCUCUAAUUGAACAAGUUGAGCUUUGUACAAUACCUCCCAGUCUCACUCUGUCCCAAAAUGUUCUCUCCCUAUUAAACACAACCCUGGUGUCUGUCUGUCCGUCCGUCCGUCCAUGUAGGCAGGGAACACAGCCCUCCACCUGGCCUGUCAGAACGGCCACGCUCAGAGCUCCAAGGUCCUGCUGCUGGGUGGCUCCAGGCCCGACAGCAAGAACCAUGUAAGUCCUCCUCCUCCAUGGGUUGGCUAGUCUAUGGGGCGCCGUUUGUAACGUCCUAUCAUUUGUGAAAAAUAUUAAUUCCGUGGCAUGAAAUAUAGCAUGUUACAAAUGGCACUCCAUAGUAGCCUUCCCAUGAUUUUAGACAUGAUCUCCUGGUAUCUCUGAACCACUGCUUAGGAAAUCCACAGUGACAACAGAAGCCUCUCUACGGUUAACUACAACCACAGAGCAGUUUGCAUGCAGUCACUUAAUUAUGUAACGGUGUAUACAUGUGAGUGCUCUGCUCUGCACUUCAAACGUAAUCGCCCCUCAUGGGUGAAUUGAAAAAAGUAGAUCUCAAGUAGCUCUCAAUGCAGUUCGUUAGUCCUCUGAUACACUAGCCACUUCCCAGUGCCAUGCAUCGCUCCUAUACUUCUCCUUGACUGCUCUCCCAACAGCUGUGUAAAAGGAAACUCAAGCUGUGUGUGGUGGUGGUCUCUCUUCAUUGUGUUCCAGGUGGGUGACACAUGUCUGCAUGUGGCGGCCCGCUACAACCAUGUGUCCAUGCUCCGCAUCCUCCUGGGAGCCUUCUGCUCCGUGGCAGAGAAGAACCAGGUUAGUCUGAGCAUGUGACUGACUACUUUCACACAGAGGGCUUUUCCUUCUUUUUAUGUAAUGUUUUGUAUAUUUUAAAGGGGUUUGAAUCGACACCACUUUCUCUCUGCUUUCUGCUCACCCUCAUUGAGAUGUAAUUGGAGAAUUACAUGUGUUACAACUUUUAUAUAUAUUUUUGAUUUAUUUUGUAGAUUUCUAUUGAUCAGAAAGGGUAUGUGAUGCAUGUACACGUAAUAUGUGAAUAUACUUCUCAGUAGCUUUUAGCCGCUUAUAAUGUACAGUAAUAAUAUGCCUAUGAUUAUCAUGCAAAUCAUAUCUUUGUCAAAGGUCCUUUACUUUAAUUACCCUAAGUUAGCCUUAGCAUUGUGCAGUUAGCCUACUGGAUAUAGUAUAUGUAUGGCUGUAUUUCGCUUUUAAUAGCAAAGAGCAGGGACAGUAUAACAUUGUUCUGUAUUUGUUUGUUGAAGCGUAAAAACCCAGCGGAACAUACACUUCAUUAUGCUAAGUCUCUCUCUCUGUCUCUCUCUCUCUUCCUCUCUCUCUCUCUGGGCCAGGCUGGGGACACACCGCUGCAUGUUGCAGCAGCGCUGAAUCAUAAGAAAACAGUGCGACUUCUGCUGGAGGCUGGAACAGAGAGCAACAUCCGCAACAACGUGAGUGGAGUGCCCCAGGCCCCCGAACCCGUCUCUGCUCUACACUCUUAGAAAAAAGGGUUCCAAAAGGGUUCUUCAGCUGUCCCCAUAGGAGAACCCUUUUUGGUUCCAGGUAGAACCCUUUUUGGUUCCAGAGAGAACCCUUUUGGGUUCCAUGUAGAACCCUCUGGGGAAAGGAUUUUACAUGGAACCCAAAUGGGUUCUACCUGGAACCAAAAAAGGUUAUUCAAAGGGUUCUCCUAUGAGGACAGCCGAAGAACCAUUUUAGGUUUUAGAUAGCACCUUUUUUUCUAAGAGUGUACUAUACUCUACUAUGUUGACUAUGCUCUGGAGUAGUCAUGCACUUCUAAAGGCCGUCUUAAUCAUGACUAAUGUCACCGCACAUUCUGUUUGGUGAAUAACCUGCUCUGGAGCCAUGGUUGUAGUUUUUCACUCAGUCACAGUAAAGCCAUGCAGACUUUGAUAAGAAACCACAGUAUGUUGUUCAAGAAAUGCAAUUUUGACAUACUGACAACUGAAUAAGCGACUUGGAAAUAUCUAUUUACAUUUAUGCUUAACUUCGUUGCCUGAUGACUCAAACUGAAUUCUUCCGCUGCUAUGUUCGCUACAUACUUCAGUCUGAGACUGCCAUCGUUGAAAUCGUUUGUGGUGAUGUCAAAAUGGGGAGUGUUGUACAAAACAAAGUUAUUAGCGAUUGGAUCAUCUCUAACCAAUCAGAGUAUCAAAGCCAAGCUCAAAACGCAGCUUUACCCACUUGUGUUCUGGCUCUGGCCCAACCCAUCAGUUUCUGGGACCAAUCAGAAUGGUUAGGAUGUGUUUGCUUUCUAGAAAUCGUCAGGGAGGUACUCAGAUUCAGACUCAUUGUGGAGAAGAAACUAACGUCCGUUUGGCCGAAGCAAGAAGUUUGGGUAGCCAGGCAAUUAACAUAGUGCCAUACCCAGUUGAAUCAUGUAUCUCUAACUAGGUGUUGUAGCCCUGGUUGACUGGCCUCUUGUCUCUGUGUUUGAGCAGGCAGGCCAGACUGCACUCGACCAGGCCAGAGACCACAACAACCCAGACAUAGCUCUGCUUCUGACCAAAGCACCUCAGGUGAGUACAGGUUCACCCAGUCUGUCCAGCAGGGGCACCCAGGCAAUGUUAUUAUUUUAGUUUCACACACCGACCUUAUCUACAGUGAGGGAAAAAAGUAUUUGAUCCCCUGCUGAUUUUGUACGUUUGCCCCCUGACAAAGAAAUGAUAAGUCUAUAAUUUUAAUGGUAGGUUUAUUUGAACAGUGAGAGACAGAAUAACAACAAAAAAAUCCAGAAAAACGCAUGUCAAAAAUGUUAUAAAUUGAUUUGCAUUUUAAUGAGGUAAAUAAGUAUUUGACCCCCUUUCAAUCAGAAAGAUUUCUGGCUCCCAGGUGUCUUUUAUACAGGUAACGAGCUGUGAUUAAGAGCACACUCUUAAAGGGAGUGCUCCUCAUCUCAGUUUGUUACCUGUAUAAAAUAACACCUGGGAGCCAGAGCAAUCAAUCAAUCAGAUUCCAAACUCUCCACCAUGGCCAAGACCAAAGAGCUCUCCAAGGAUGUCAGGGACAAGAUUUUAGACCUACACAAGGCUGGAAUGGGCUACAAGACCAUCGCCAAGCAGCUUGGUGAGAAGGUGACAACAGAUGGUGCGAUUAUUCGCAAAUGGAAGAAACACAAAAUAACUGUCAAUCUCCCUCGGCCUGGGGCUCCAUGCAAGAUCUCACCUUGUGGAGUUGCAAUGAUCAUGAGAACGGUGAGGAAUCAGCCCAGAACUACACGGGAGGAUCUUGUCAAUGAUCUCAAGGCAGCUGGGACCAUAGUCACCGAGAAAACAAUUGGUAACACACUACGCCGUGAAGGACUGAAAUCCUGCAGCGCCCGCAAGGUCCCCCUGCUCAAGAAAGCACAUAUACAUGCCCGUCUGUAGUUUGCCAAUGAACAUCUGAAUGAUUCAGAGGAGAACUGGGUGAAAGUGUUGUGGUCAGAUGAGACCAAAAUCGAGCUCUUUGGCAUCAACUCAACUCGCCGUGUUUGGAGGAGGAGGAAUGCUGCCUAUGACCCCAAGAACACCAUCCCCACCGUCAAACAUGGAGGUGGAAACAUUAUGCUUUAGGGGUGUUUUUCUGCUAAGGGGACAGGACAACUUCACCGCAUCAAAGGGACGAUGGACGGGGCCAUGUACCGUCAAAUCUUGGGUGAGAACCUCCUUCCCUCAGCCAGGGCAUUGAAAAUGGGUCGUGGAUGGGUAUUACAGCAUGACAAUGACCCAAAACACACGGCCAAGGCAACAAAGGAGUGGCUCAAGAAGAAGCACAUUAAGGUCCUGGAGUGGCCUAGCCAGUCUCCAGACCUUAAUCCCAUAGAAAAUCUGUGGAGGGAGCUGAAGGUUCGAGUUGCCAAACGUCAGCCUCUAAACCUUAAUGACUUGGAGAAGAUCUGCAAAGAGGAGUGGAACAAAAUCCCUCCUGAGAUGUGUGCAAACCUGGUGGCCAACUACAAGAAACAUCUGACCUCUGUGAUUGCCAACAAGGGUUUUGCCACCAAGUACUAAGUCAUGUUUUGCAGAGGGGUCAAAUACUUAUUUCCCUCAUUAAAAUGCAAAUCAAUUUCUAACAUUUUUUACAUGCGUUUUUCUGGAUUUUUUUGUUGUUAUUCUGUCUCUCACUGUUCAAAUAAACCUACCAUUUAAAUUAUAGACUGAUCAUGUCUUUGUCAGUGGGUAAACCUACAAAAUCAGCAGGGGAUCAAAUACUUUUUUCCCUCACUGUAUAUAUUUAUAUAGAAAACACUCAUGCUGUGUUUGGACUUGAAUAUAGAUACUUCAGAUGUUUGACUGGCGUUUUUAUCUGUCUGAAAUUCUCAUAUCGCCAUAACACCUACCUGACAUCAUUCCUGUGGGUUGGCAGUAAAGGUGUUUCUGCGUUAAGUGCAAGUAUGGGCAGAGUCCGUAGGAGACUGCUAUAGAGCUAGAUAGCCAUUGGCACUUGGAAGUGAUAGGGAAAUUGAGAGGCUAAACUAGUCAGCAUUAUUUGUGCUAUUUUAGCUGUAGCUACAGUGCCUUCAGAAAGUAUUCAGACCCCUUGACUUUUUCCACAUUUUGUUACAUUACAGCCUUAUUCUAAAAUUGAUCAAAUUGUUUCCCUCAUCAAUCUACACACAAUACCCCAUAAUGACAAAGCAAAAACAGUUUUUUUGAAUGUUUGCUAAUUUAUAACAAAUAAAAAAACGGAAAUAUUACAUUUACAUAAGUAUUCAGUACUUUGUUGAAGCACCUUUGGCAGCGAUUACAGCAUCGAGUCUUUGGGUAUGACGCUACAAGCUUGGCACACCUGUAUUUGGGGAGUUUCUCCCAUUCUUCUCUGUAGAUCCUCUCAAGCUCUGUCAGGUUGGAUGGGGAGCGUUGCUGCACAGCUAUUUUCAGGUCUCUCCAGAGAUGUUCGAUCGGGUUCAAGUCUGGGCUCUGGUCGUUGUCCUGUUGGAAGGUGAACCUUCGCCCCAGUCUGAGGUCCUGAGCGCUCUGGAGCAGGUUUUCAUCAAGGAUCUCUCUGUACUUUGCUCCGUUCAGCUUUGCCUCGAUCCUGACUAGUCUCCCAGUCCCUGCCGCUGAAAAACAUCCCCACAGCAUGAUGCUGCCACCACCAUGCUUCACUGUAGGGAUGGUGCCAGGUUUCCUCCAGACAUGAAGCUUGGCAUUCAGGCCAAAGAGUUCAAUCUUGGUUUCAUCAGACCAGAGAAUCUUAUUUCUCAUGGUCUGAGAGUCUUUAGGUGCCUUUUGGCAAACUCCAAGCGGGCUGUCAUGUGCCUUUUACUGAGGAGUGGCUUCCGUCUGGCCACACUACCAUAAAGGCCUGAUUGGUGGAGUGCUGCAGAGAUGGUUGUCCUUCUGGAAGGUUCUCCCAUCUCCACAGAGGAACUCUAGAGCUCUGUCAGAGUGACCAUUGGGUUCUUGGUCACCAUCAAGUUGUAGAAACAUCUCAAGGAUGAUCAAUGGAAACAGGAUGCACCUGAGCUCAAUUUCGAGUCUCAUAGCAAAGGGUCUGAAUACUUAUGUAAAUAAGCUAUUUUAUUUUUAAUACAUUUGCAAAAAUGUCUAAAAACCGUUUUUUACUUCAUCAUUAUUGGGUAUUGUGUGUAGAUUGCUGAGGAUUUUUAUUUAUUUAAUCCAUUUUAGAAUUAGGCUGUAACGUAACAAAAUGUGGAAAAAGUCAAGGGGUCUGAAUACCUUCCAAAGGCACUGUAUAUCCCUACUUACUCAAGAAACCUUCACUAAUUGAAUCAUUUGCAUUUGCUCCAUGUAAAGAGCUGGGCAGACUAAAGUACGGUAAAUAAAAACAGGACCUUCAACCAAUCAAUGGCCGUCAGUAAAUGUAAAGCCUCAGUGAAUAAAAAACUGGCCCUUAGUUCUCACACUGCUCUCCCUCUGUGUAUUCAGGUCCAGAGCUUCACCCGAGGCAGGAGUAUGAGGAAGAGGAGGGACAAGCUGAUGGCUGAACGCCGAGCACAGUCUGUGCCCAGGGAUGAGAUGCUCCCCAGGAAGGUAUAGUUACAGUACAGCUGACCAUCUCACUCUAACUGUGUGAUAUGAUAUGAUAACACAGAUGUGGAGAUGUUCCAGUUUUGUUGUUCCUCACAGGACAGUGCAUCUGCUGCUGACGACACCCACAGCAGCGACCUCGUCGCCCGCAAACACGAGGUGAUCGAGGCGAGCACAAACAGGAAGCUCAAAGAGAAGGUCAUCUAUUACCUUAACCUUCUAACAACAGCACAUGUUUACCCAGGUGAAAUAUGUUAUUCAUAUUAAACAGAUGGAAUAUGUGAUAUAUUGUUGCAGCCCUCCGUCUCUGACCCCCUCCGCCGUAGAGAGAACAAACACAGAGAGAAGAGGCGGGGCAAACUGCGUGGCUCCUCCCCCCAGCCCCCGCCUCACAACCACAAGGCCUAUCAGCUGUACACUCUGUACCGUGGCAAGGAUGGCAAGAUCAUGCAGGUGGAUAGAAAGAACACACAGACAACAGAGCUUUUGUUUUACAUUUUUCAUGUGAUGCUAUGAUUUCAUUAUGCUUACACUUCACUUUUUAAAGUUUAAUGUUGCUUUUAAAGCACUGUGAAUGGAGCUACUAGCAGAUAUUUUCUGUCAUGUUGAAACCUUGUAACAGGCUUUGCUGCUAUAUUCUUCUAUGUAGAAAACACAUAUUACAGUCGGAGCAAGGCCCUGCGACAGACCAGCAUCCUGUCCAGGAGGUGUACUUGUACAUCUAGCUGCCUCAUGCUACAGGCCAUUCUGGCUCGGACAAGACUUAUGUACUUACUAAUUAAUUAUAUUUCAGUUUGAGUUUGUGUCUGCUAUCAAGUGGAUCAGUGCCCAUGGUUGGUUUCUGUGUCCCAGGCGCCUAUCAAUGGCUGCCGCUGUGAGCCUCUGAUCAUCAAGCUGGAGAACCAGCUGGAGGCCACCAAGGAGGAGAUGAAGACGGAGAUCCACACGGUGCAGGACCUGAUGAACAACAAGAUGGGACAGUUGGACCGCAAGAACAAACAUCAGGUACAUAAUAGACCAGGGUCCUGUUCAUUAAGGCGUUUUCAACUUUUUGCAACGUAAACCGAAAAUUAUAGUUUCUUAUUGGACCAGUCCAGGACAGGUAGACCAGUCCCAGUUUCAGUCCAUUCUCUUCCGUUUGGUGCCUAAUGAAUACUACCUACAUCCCACAAGCCUCUGAAGUCACAGCAGUGGAUGUGAUGAAAUGAAGUGUAAUGUUAGUCAAGUCAAAAACAGCUGUGAGCUUUUCUUUCACAACCGGUGUCUUGCAUUUAUUAUGACAGCUUUAUCAGGCUCAGGCAUUUAACUCUAUGUGGUUUGUGAUUGUGUGGUUCUAGAUCCGUGCUCUAGAUAAGAUGACAGUAGAGAGGGUGUCAGCAGAGAGGACAGAGUGCCAACACAGGAUCGACCAGAGGGCCAUGCAGGAUAGACAGGAGGGGGAGAAGAGACAGGUAAUACUAACAGCAGUGUCAACACACUCAACACAGCAAGAGAGGCGGGUCUCAGAUGGACAAAACACUAGUUCCCAUACCUUCAUGUGCCAUCAUUAAACUUUUUAAUUCAAGGUUGUCGUGAAUUUUUUUUUUAAUAUUACAACAAUGCUUUAAAGUAACUGCCCAGUGAUUUCAGAUUUCUAUUAAAUAUGACCUAUAAUUACUUACAAUGUGAGUGAAAUAGUUUUCCUUCCCAAAUUGUUUUAAUUAGGUAUGUUAAAAAGCAUAUUUUCUAUGUUGGAAUGGUGUGUGCGUACCCCAACAACAGAAUGGUGUGGGCGUAUACCGGUCAUUAAAAAUAUUCACCCAAGUAGACCGCUGAUUGGCCAGCUCAUCCUCCUCUAGACCUAGCACUACAUAGCUGAUUCAAAUAACGCAACUCAUCAUCAAGCGUUGAUUAUUUGAAUCCGCUGUGUAGUGCUAUAGCAAAAAACUAAACGUGCACCCAGGUGGGGCCCCAGGACUGAGUUUGGGAAACCCUGCUCUAGAACGCUGAUUGGCCAGCUCAUCCUCCUCAGGGAGAUGACAUCAUGUUCUAUGAGGAAAUAGCAAGCAUUUUUGAAACUGACUGUUUGAGAUACAGUGCCUUGCAAAAGUAUUCAUCCCCCUUGGCGUUUUUCCUAUUUUGUUGCAUUACAACCUGUAAUUUAAAUUGAUUUUUAUUUGGAUUUCAUGUAAUGGACGUACACAAAAUAGUUGAAAUUGGUGAAGUGAAAUUUUAAAAGAAUUCUAAAAAAUAAAUGCUAUGAAGCCCCUAAAUAAGAUCUGGUGCAACCAAUUACCUUCAGAAGUCACAUAAUUAGUUAAAUAAAGUCCAGCUGUGUGCAAUCUAAGUGUCACAUGAUCUGUCACAUGAUCUCAGUAUAUAUACACCAGUUCUGAAAGGCCCCAGAGUCUGCAACAGCACUAAGCAAGGGGCACCACCAAGCAAGUGGCACCAUGAAGACCAAGGAGCUCUCCAAACAGGUCAGGGACAAAGUUGUGGAGAAGUACAGAUCAGGGUUGGGUUAUAAAAAAUAUUGGAAACUUUGAACAUCCCACAGAGCACCAUUAAAUCCAUUAUUAAAAUAUGGAAAGAAUAUGGGACCACAACAAACCUGCCAAGAGAGGGCCGCCCACCAAAACUCACAGACCAGGCAAGGAGGGCAUUAAUCAGAGAGGCAACAAAGAGAUCAAAGAUAACCAUGAAGGAGCUGCAAAGUUCCACAGCGGAGAUUGGAGUAUCUGUUCAUAGGACCACUUUAAGCUGUACACUCCACAGAGCUGGGCUUUACGGAAGAGUGGCCAGAAAAAAAGCCAUUGCUUAAAGAACAAAAUAAGCAAACACAUUUGGUGUUCGCCAAAAGGCAUGUGGGAGACUCCCCAAACAUAUGGAAGAAGGUACUCUGGUCAGACGAGACUAAAAUUGAGCUUUUUGGCCAUCAAGGAAAACGCUAUGUCUGGCGCAAAACCAACACCUCUCAUCACCCCGAGAACACCAUCCCCACAGUGAAGCAUGGUGGUGGCAGCAUCAUGCUGUGGGGAUGUUUUUCAUCAGCAGGCAGGGACUGGGAAACUUGUCAGAAUUGAAGGAAUGAUGGAUGGCACUAAAUACAGGGACAUUCUUGAGGGAAACCUGUUUCAGUCUUCCAGAGAUUUGAGACUGGGACGGAGGGUCACCUUCCAGCAGGACAAUGACCCUAAGCAUACUGCUAAAGCAACACUUGAUUGGUUUAAGGGGAAACAUUAAAUGUCUUGAAAUGGCCUAGUCAAAGCAUAGACCUCAAUCCAAUUGAGAAUCUGUGGUAUGGCUUAAAGAUUGCUGUACACCAGCGGAACCCAUCCAACUUGAAGGAGCUGGAGCAGUUUUGCCUUGAAGAAUGGGAAAAAAUCCCAGUGGCUAGAUGUGCCAAGCUUAUAGCGACAUACCCCAGCUUGCAGCUGUAAUUGAAACGUGCAGCUGUAAUUGCUGCAAAAGGUGGCUCUACAAGGUAUUCACUCUUAUGUUUUUUGGUCUUAUUUCUUGUUUGUUUCACAAUAAAAAAUAUUUUUCAUCUUCAAAGUGGUAGGCAUGUUGUGUAAAUGAAAUGAUACAAGCCCCCAAAAAAUCCAUUUUUGGGGGGGGGGGUGAAUAAUUUCGCAAGCUACUGUACAAGUUUGAGGUGUGUUUUUUAAAGUUAUAUUUCUCCAAUUAAUGCUUUGGCCACAUACGAGUAUAGGACGAGUCAACAACAUUAUUUAGAUAUGAGUUAACAGAAUAUGAACUUUUAAAAGUGAAAAGAAAAAAAAAAGACAGUUAUUUUAACACUUCUAGAUAAUAGAUAGUAUACUGAACAAAAAUAUAAAUGCAACAUGCAACAAUUUCAACGAUUUUACUGAGAUACAGUUCAUAUAAGGAAAUCAGUCAAUUGAAAUAAAUUCAUUAGGCCCUAAUCUAUAGAUUUCACGACUGGGCAGGGGUGCAGCCAUGGGUAGGCCCACCCACAUGGGGAGCCAGGCCCACAAAAGGGCUUUAUUACAGUCAGAAAUACUCCUCAGUUUCAUCAGCUGUCCGGAUGGCUGGUCUCAGUCGAUCCCGCAGGUGAAGUAGCCGGAAGUGGAGGUCCUGGGCUGGCGUGGUUACACGUGGUUUGCGGUUGUGAGGACGGUUGGAUGUACUGCCAAAUUCUCUAAAACGACGUUGGAGGCGGUUUAUGGUAGACAAAUUAACAUUAAAUUAUCUGGCAACAACUCUGGUGGACAUUCCUGCAGUCAGCAUGCCAAUUGCACGCUCUCUCAAAACUUGAGACAUCUGUGGCAUUGCGUUGUGUGACAAAACUGCACAUUUUAGAGUGGCCUUUUAUUGUCCCCAGCACAAGGUGCACCUGUGUAAUGAUCAUGCUGUUUAAUCAGCUUCUUGAUAUACCACACUUGUCAGGUGGAUGGAUUAUCUUGGCAAAGGAUAAAUGCUCACUAACAGGGAAGUAAAAAAUGUGUGCACAAAAUUUGAGGGAAAUAAGCUUUUGUGCGUAUGGACAAUUUCUGGGAUCUUUUAUUUCAGCUCAUGAAACAUAGGACCAACACUUUACAUGUUGCGUUUAUAUUUUUGUUCAGUAUACAGUUGAAGUCGGAUGUUUACAUACACCUUAGCCAAAUGCAUUUAAACUCAGUUCUUCACAAUUCCUGACAUUUAAUCCAAGUAAAAAUGCCCUGUCUUAGGUCAGUUAGGAUCACCACUUUAUUUUAAGAAUGUGAAAUGUCAGAAUAAUAGCAGAGAGAAUUAUUUAUUUCAGCUUUUAUUUCUUUCAUAACAUUCCCAGUGGGUCAGAAGUUUACAUACACUCAAUUAGUAUUUGGUAGCGUUGCCUUUACAUUGUUUAACUUGGGUCAAACGUUUCUGGUAGUCUUUCACAAGCUUCCCACAAUAAGUUGGGUGAAUUUUGGCCCAUUUCUCCUGACAGAGCUGGUGUAACCGAGUCAGGUUUGUAGGCCUCCUUGCUCGCACACGCUUUUUCAGUUCUGCCCACAAAUUUUCUAUAGGAUUGAGGUCAGGGCCUUGUGAUGGCCACUCCAAUACCUUGACUUUGUUGUCCUUAAGCCAUUUUGCCACAACUUUGGAAGUAUGCUUGGGGUCAUUGUCCGUUUGGAAGACCCAUUUGCGACCAAGCUUUAACUUCCUGACUGAUGUCUUGAGAUGUUGCUUCAAUAUAUCCACAUCAUUUUCCUUCCCCAUGAUUCCAUCUAUUUUGUGAAGCGCACCAGUCCCUCCUGCAGCAAAGCACCCCCACAGCAUGAUGCUGCCACUCCCGUGCUUCACGGUUGGGAUGGCCGUUCUUCGGCAUGCAAGCAGUCCCCUUUUUCCUCCAAACAUAACGAUGGUCAUUAUGGGCAAACAGUUCUAUUUGUUUCAUCCGACCAGAGGACAUUUCUCCAAAAAGUACGAUCUUUGUCCCCAUGUGCAGUAGUCUGGCUUUUUUAUGGCGGUUUUGGAGCAGUGGCUUCUUCCUUGCUGAACGGCCAUUCAGGUUAUGUCGAUAUAGGACUCGUUUUACUGUGGAUAUAUAUACUUUUGUACCAAUUUCCUCCAGAAUCUUCACAAGGUCCUUUGCUGUUGUUCUGGGAUUGAUUUGCACUUUUCGCACCAAAGUACGUUCAUCUCUAGGAGACAGAACGCGUCUCCUUCCUGAGCGGUAUGACGGCUGCGUGGUCCCAUGGUGUUUAUACUUGCAUACUAUUGUUUGUACAGAUGAACGUGGUACCUUCAGGCGUUUGUUAAUUACUCCCAAGGAUGAACCAGACUUGUAGGGUCUAUAUAUUUUUUUCUGAGGUCUUGCCUGAUUUCUUUAGAUUUUCCCAUGAUGUCAAGCAAAGAUGCACUGGUUUAAAGGUAGGCCUUGAAAUACAUCCACAGGUACACCUCCAAUUGACUCAAAUGAUGUCAAUUAGCCUAUCAGAAGCUUCUAAUGCCAUGACAUCAUUUUCUGGAAUUUUCUAAGCUGUUUAAAGGCACAGUCAACUUAGUGUAUGUAAACUUCUGACCCACUGGAAUUGUGAUACAGUGAAUUAUAAGUGAAAUAAUCUGUCUGUAAACAAUUGUUGGAAAAAUGCAUUGUGUCAUGCACAAAGUAGAUGUCCUAACCGACUUGCCAAAACUAUAGUUUGUUACCAAGAAAUGUGUGGAGUGGUUGAAAAACAGGUUUUAAUGACUCCAACCUAAGUGUAUGUAAACUUCCGACUUCAACUGUAUAUACCCUGCUGUUUCUCUGUCACGAAACCUCUUCUUGUCUUGGCCUGCCCUUCAAGCAGGCAUCAGUGGUGAACGAGCUGAAGAACUGGUGCAUGGCCAAGCUCCAGAACAUUGAGGUGCGUUUCGCUGGAGACCCCCGCAACGCCAAGCUGCGUCGGUCCUCAUCCAUGGCUGAGGGCCUGUGUGAGGUGGACCCUGGGGGCAGCGUCCAGUGUCUGGCCCCCCACACCACUGACCUCACCGAGGGAGACCCCAACACGGCCGCCACAGAGGACCCCUCAGCCAAUCAUAACUUUGUGGUUCAGGUGGACAACUCUCCAGGUACGGUUCAAACAGAACUCAGUGAAAUAGCCAGUGCUCUGAAUUACUACUCUUAUGCACAUGCACGAACGCACACACACAAUGAGAGGGAACUCAUUUCACACAGAUACAGGCUUAUGUAAGCGUUACAUAAUCUAACUAUAUUAUUCUUAGGUCAAACCCUUUUUUAGAAGUAAAUAACAGAGAAUGUGGCCCAAAUACAACAUUUUUACAGAAAUGCUAAAAUUAUAAAUUUGCCUUUGGCAGGUUAAUUAAUGUAUCAUCCUAAUCUAUCACACUGCAUUUGAAGAUGGCAAUCUCACUGGAACUAAUUUGAGUAAUCAUAAAUUAUUUAUUGUGUGCCGUGCUCUAAGGUUGAUUUAAUUCUAAUUCACUUAAUAAUUGCCUCUUGGAAAUCUUCCAGAUGGUGAUAAACAUCACAAGCGAGAAAACAUCUCCUCCCCAACUCCCGCUUUAUCCCUUUCCCCAUCUCCCCAAGUGGUGCGGCCCAAGGAACGCUCGCUGUGUUCUACUGACCCCUGCAGGCCGUUCCAGGGACUGCAGGACGUGGCACUGCUGGAGUUGGGAUCAAGCAGCAGAGGCAACAACCACCGGGCCAGCAGCCUGUCCCCAGCCACCGAGCGCCGCUGCAGCAACAGGCAAGACAAGGACUGCGACAGGGAGAGGGAUAGAGACAGGGAGAGGUGCAGGGACAAGGGCAAGCACCACAAGAGGCAAUCCCAGGGCAGGACAAAGGCCAAGGGGGACAAGGGGGCUUCGGUGGGGCAGGCCGAGGGGACUCUGGGGGUGUUUGGGGAGAGAGCCGUGGAGAAAGGCGGGGGUGAGGGCUUUGCCCAGGAGAGGGAGAACAUGCACGCCCUGGAGGUGACACAGUACUUCUUUGAGGCGGUGUCGACCCAGAUGGAGCACUGGUAUGAAAGGAAGAUCCAGGAAGCCAGGUGGCAGGCAGACCAGAGGGCCCAGGCAGACAGGGCUGCCCUGCUGGAGAAGAUAACCUACCUGGAGGACGAGCUACUCAUGCUCAGGACUAACAGGCAUGACGACAGCUAACACAGGCACACCACUGCAGAAUUUAGAGUUAAACCUUCAGAACAGCAAAAAUCAUCAUCUGAGCUCAUUACAGAUGGCGACCUGGAUCCAGUGGACCCACUGACCAAAAUAAUUGUCAUUGACCGAAUUUAGCUGAUUUCAUACUUAUGGCAAAUAAUGUCAUUCAACAGUAUAAAAUCAUCUGUAUAGUAACUUAUUUUAAAGACAUGUUAUGGCAUGCCAGACAAUUCAGUAGAAUGUGGUCUUGUUAUUAAUGUGUUUUGUUCUAUACAUCUGGGCAGCUCCUGUGUUUGUGCUUUGUAAAACCCCUAGAUUUACUGAUAGUUAUUUACAGUGGAUUUUGUCAUGGUGCCAUCAUGGAACUGAUGCACGUACACACCUGGGCACAAUGUUACGCUGUCCUAAAGUCAACAUGCCAAUACUUUUUAUCCUGUGAUGAGAAAGCCUGUUAUGUGAAAGAUUCUGUCAGUUUGCUUAUGGAAAAUGUGGGUCAUUUUUUGUGACAUUGUGAAUUUGUAUUCAAUGAGAGAGUAGAGAAAGACAAGCGCAGACAGCUUUAGAAAUAGUUGAGUUAGCCAGGAUGCUUAAAAUAUCAGUAGAAUAAGCUACUGCAAGCUUUCAUACAGGUAUGUGACUUACAAGGGUAACAUAACUCACGAGAAUACAUCCAAACUGACAAUGUCUUAACUCAUACACUUUUGUGCCAACCCACUAUUUCUUUGAUGGUAAAAACCAUAACAUCCUAAUACUUGUCCUUAGCACUAAAAUGAGUUACUGUUAAGACCCUGUUUGCAUGAUGAAAAGUAUUUUUGUCUUCUGAAAUAGACCUGUGCAUACAGUAAAUUAGUUAGUGCUCAUGUGUGACAUUUGUUCUGUUCAUGUGUGAGGGUGUGGUACAUUGAUGUCUUUGUUGAUAUGAACAUACAUUCAGUGUAAUAAAGUAGAUGUAAAAUGUAUUUAGUAAAAAAAACUAUAGAC